ACCAAGACUCUUCUAAAUUUCUAAUUGUGCGUUGAAUUUCAUUUCAUUUCAUAAUUAUUAGCCCACAAUUUUUUUUUAAAAAUCUACAACAAACCCUGAAACCCCCCCUACUUCUCUACUAUAGGGUUUAUAUUUUUUCAACUCUUCAAUUACUCCCAAAUUGAACGCCAAAGCUUCCAAAGUCACCAAAAUAUUAAUGCAAUAACAAAGAAAGUCUCACUGAGUAGAAGAAGCUAUGGCGGGUCGUAGAGACGGGCCGUUGAUGAAGGACAAGGACAAGGACAAAGACAAGGUCCGAUCUCGAAUCGUCUUUGCCAUUGUCGUCGGAGUUACUCUCGGUUGUGUCUUCGCUUUCCUGUACCCUCACGGCCUCUUCACCGCCGAUUCGCCCAUCCAAAACCGCCGAUUCGCUAAAUCGGAUCUCAAGGUUGGUUCAUCAUGUGAAUCAUCAGAACGGAUUAGCAUGCUGAAGUCAGAUAUUACAUCAUUGUCGGAGAAGAAUGCUGAGCUGAACAAGCAGCUCAAGGAUCUUAGGGAAAAGCUACGGCUGGCCGAACAAGGAAAAGAUCAAGCACAGAAGCAGUUUAUGGUUUUGGGUGAAAAGUACAAGGCUGGCCCUUUUGGUACUGUCAAGGGUUUGAGAACUAACCCAACUGUUGUUCCUGAUGAAUCUGUAAAUCCAAGAUUGGCAAAGAUCUUGGAGGAAAUUGCUAUUCAGAAAGAAGUUAUAGUUGCACUCGCAAACUCAAAUGUGCAAAGCAUGUUGGAGGUCUGGUUUACUAGCAUCAAGAAUGUGGGUAUCCCUAAUUAUCUAGUUGUAGCACUAGAUGAUCAUAUUGAAAAUCUAUGCAAAUCUAAUGGCGUUCCAGUCUACAAGAGAGAUCCAGAUCAGGGUAUUGAUUCAAUUGCAAAGACAGGAGGUAACCAUGCCGUGUCUGGAUUGAAAUUUCGCAUUUUGAGAGAGUUUUUACAACUGGGAUACAGUGUUCUUCUCUCGGAUGUUGAUAUAGUGUACUUGCAGAACCCGUUUGAUUAUUUGUCUAGGGAUUCAGAUGUGGAGUCUAUGUCUGAUGGUCACAAUAAUAUGACAGCUUAUGGAUAUAAUGAUGUCUUCGAUGAACCUGCCAUGGGUUGGGCUCGAUAUGCUCAUACUAUGAGGAUAUGGGUUUAUAACUCUGGUUUCUUUUACAUAAGGCCUACACUUGCUUCAAUCGAGUUGUUGGAUCGUGUGGCUGGUCGGCUUUCUCGGGAGCCAAAAUCAUGGGACCAAGCAGUCUUUAAUGAGGAGCUCUUUUUCCCCUCACAUCCUGGGUAUGAUGGGCUUCAUGCUGCCAAGAGAACUUUGGAUAUCUAUCAAUUUAUGAACAGUAAGGUUCUUUUUAAGACUGUCAGGAAAGACGAAAGACUUAAAAAGCUGAAGCCAGUUAUUGUUCAUGUAAAUUACCACCCAGAUAAACUUCUAAGGAUGAAAGCAGUAGUAGAGUUCUAUGUUAAUGGCAAGCAAGAUGCACUAGAACCUUUCCCAGAGGGUUCUGAAUGGUAGAAAUAGAACUACAGAAUAUCUUCAUCUUGCGAGUCAGCUGUUUAAUUCUUGGUAUAACUCACUGGAUACAGAUAGAUUAGUUUCAUUCCACCUUCCAAGAGAGAUAGCAAGUAUCCUUUGAAAUGCUCCCCUUGAAUUUUCAUUGAAAUUCUGUUGUUGAAUUGUUAUAAGAACUUUUGCUUUAAUUUACUUGAACACUCCCCAGAUAGCAACUGUUUUAUAUCACGUAUACCAACAAAUCUAGUUGAGAA